GACCGCUUUGAGAUACGAAUACGUUUUUAGAUAAAAACACAAACAAUUCCUUGACGAGGCAACAAUCUCGAUCAAGAUCUGAAACGUCUUUUUUUAAUCUUUUUGCGCACGAAAUACCCAACGCAUCUAGGUAAUUUUGGUGACAAUAUAGCUCGACUGGAUCGUGUUUACGAUUCAACGACGGACAAUGGAGGACCAACUCGUCCAGGUCCUGGCCAACACCCAGCUGCCAGCCGAGGGUCCCCGAAAGCAGGCAGAAAUUGAUCUCAAGCACGCAGCCAGCAAUCCCGCAUACCCUCUUUCUCUUGCCAACAUUGCUCGACACUCCUCCAUUGCCACAGAUGUCCGACAGUCUGCACUAUCCGCUUUGCGACUUUUUAUCGAGCGAAACUGGAGCGGCGAGGGCGAUGAUUUCCCCGUGGUUCCUAUCGCAGAUUCUGUGAAGGACCAGAUCCGACCUAUGCUUUUGGACCUCGCCUUGAACUCGGAUGAUAAGAAAAUUAAGACCGCUGCAAGCUAUGCCGUGGGCAAAAUCGCCAAUGUCGACUUUCCCGAUCAAUGGACCGCCCUUUUACCUACCCUUCUCGAAAUCAUCCCGAAUGGCACCGAUAACCAGCUCCACGGAGCCUUGAUCGUCCUCCGCGACUUAGUUGACGAGAGCUUAAGCGAUGACCAAUUCUUCUCCAUGGCUCAAGACAUCGUGAAGGUCGUCUAUGAUGUUGCCAUCAACGAGGGUCGAAAGCCCGCCUUGCGCGCUCUUGCCGUCUCUGUCUUCCGAGGUUGCUUCGAUCUCAUGGAUACUGUCAAGGAGGAACACCUUAAGGAAGUUCAGGGAUUUGCCGAGGAAGCCAUGAAGGGUUGGUUUCCCUUCUUCCACCAGAGCAUGAAGUUGCAGCUCCCCGGCCUAGACUCCCAGGAAGCUUCACAACCCGAGAGCUGGAAUGGCACAAUUGCUCUCAAGCUGCAAGUUGUCAAGUGUCUACUGAAGUUGAAGGUCGUCUUCCCAAGCCUCUUGUUACCCGAGACGCCCCAAUUCUUCCAAGUCGUCUGGGAGGAGCUUAGACUGCUCGCUCCUUCGCAUGAGAAGAUGUACAUUUUGAACGAUUCACAAGGCAGACUUGAGGACUCCGACGGUAUCCCCUACACACUGGAUUUCCUUGUUUUAGAGGAAUUGGAUUUCUUGAAUGGAUGCAUCCGAGCGCCCCCUGUCCGCAAGGAGCUUGAGGCUCAGUUGGCAGCUCACUCGUCCGCUGGUGAAACACCUUGGGUUCUGGAUCUAAUGAUGAUCACUUCCUCAUAUGCUCGCAUCACUCGCGAAGAGGAGGAUUUGUGGGACAUCGAUGUCUCGCUCUAUCUUGCGGAGGAGGCAUCCGUGAGCGCAAAUUACACACCCCGAACUGCUUGUGGAGAUAUCAUGAUCAAGCUUGGCGAAUGGCUGAACCACCAGGUCUUGGAAGGACUCUAUGGAUUCACCAAGGGUGUGUUCUCCGAAGAGGGAGCAUGGAGACGACAGGAAGCCUGUCUCUACUUGCUUAACCAGCUUAUGAAUGACUUCCUCGACUGCAGUAAGGUUGUAACUCCGGAAGUCAGCCAAGCUUACCUGGAGCUUAUCAACUAUGCCAUCAAUCGACCCGAUGAGCCACUACUGCGAGCCCGUGGCUAUCUUGUUGCCGGUGUACUUGCGCAGUUUAACGGAACUGCUGCUGCACUUACGGACAGGACGAUGGAGGCUAUUACGGCAGAAGAUUCCGAACUUGUACAAGUUGCAUGCAUCAAGGCAAUCGAAGGGUUUCUCCGCGGUGGAAACGCUGCCGGAAACCAACAGAUCCAAGCUAAGGUGGUUAAUUCCAUUCAACAAUGGAUGUCGACUAGAGAUAUGGCCGAACUCGAGGAAGCGGAUGAUUUGUUAAUCACGCUUACCGAAACCCUUAGAUCUGCCAUCAACAUUGACAAACGAGUGGCCGUAGUCAACGAUGUGCCUGCUCUGGAUAUGCUGUUUCUCAUUGCCAAACAUGGCUCAACUAAUUGGCAGGUUACGAUGCUUAUUUGCGAGGAGUUUGAAGACAUUGUUAGGACAUUACCAGACCCGGUAUCAUAUCAAGCACUCUGCCAGAAGGUACUCCCUUCGCUCACUGGCGCAUUCAACGUUGCCGAUAUAACUUCGGACAACCCGCUCAUUACGUUUGCCACCGAGCUGAUGGCUUCGCUGACUCAAUAUGCCUCGGAACCUCUGCCCCCUGGCUUCGUAGCGGCCACUUUACCCAAACUAAGCCGUUUGCUCAUGGAGAGCAACGAGGGAGAUAUUUUGCGACCUGGUGCUGAGUCGGUCAAGUAUCUAUUGGCUCAUGAUCACGAACAAGUUCUCAAUUACCAUGAUGAGAACAACAGGAGCGGUCUAGAAGUUUGUCUUCACAUCAUUGACCGUCUCCUUGGCCCUUCCAUCGAAGACAAUGCCGCCUCUGAAGUUGGUGGACUCGCCGCCGAACUGGUCGAAAAGGCAGGACACGAACGACUUGGCCCAUUCCUGCCACAACUCUUGCAGGCUGUAGCUAAUCGGUUGGCAACCGCUGAGGCUGCUCCGUUUAUCCAAUCCCUUAUUCUAGUCUUUGCGCGACUCUCCCUGGUUGGUGCUUCUGAUGUGGUUGAGUUCCUCAGCACAAUUCAGAUCAAUGGUGAUAGUGGUUUGCGAGUUGUCUUAAGCAAGUGGCUCGAAAAUUCAGUCAACUUUGCUGGGUAUGAUGAGAUCAGACAGAACGUAAUCGCACUCUCGAAGCUAUACAGCCUGAACGACGCUCGUGUUACUCAGACCUUGGUGCGAGGAGAUCUCAUCAUGCCGACUAGUGAUAGAAUCAUGACGCGCUCUCGUUCUAAGCAAACUCCGGACCAGUACACUAUCGUUGCUGCCCCUCUCAAGAUCCUGAAGGUUCUCAUUGAAGAACUUCUUUCAGCUUCAGGAGUGGGUGGCGCUGCCAACGCAGCAGCUGCGGCCGCUGCUGAGUUUGCCGAUGACAAUGACGACGAUGGCUGGGAGGACGACCCGGACACGAUUGAUCUUAACCUUGGCAGCGUUAAGAAUGACCUGAUGGGAUUCUUGGAGGCGAGUAACAUGCGCUCCCGAGAUGAUGAGACCCAGGCCUAUCUCACAGAAUUCUUCCUGCGAGCGGCGCACGAGAACAUCGCCGGCUUCCAGGAUUGGUACAACCAGCUUUCGGAGAACGAGAAAGCGAAGCUACAGGAGAUAUCCCCGGCGCAAUAAUUGCUUGGUUUCACAGCUGGGCAAUGGCAAUAUGGGUGGACCACUGCCGGGGAAAGUGGGAAGCAUUGCGAGUGAUUUGAGCAACUACGUGGUGGACAGUUACAAUAUGUUCACCUGAAGGGAUGGAGCUCUCACCGGGACUUUCAUACCGGGAGUUGCGAGGAGUUAAUGCCUUGAUAAUGAUGGAUAGUAGUUGCGCGGGAGGUGGGAGGUUGUCUGCGCGUUGAUUCCGAGUGAGCAAGCACUGGAUCAUGCUAUAGUAGUCGUCUGGCUUAGGCAAUGUCGAUAGUCAGGGGGCGAAGCGCCACCAAUGAGAUGGCUAAUUAAAAAAAAUCGAUGAUUUUCAAUCAUGGCCUUUUUCUAAAA